ACCCACCGUACAUUUUGUCGAUUUCGUCGCGAUUCGUCACGUUAACCUCACUUCUUCACUAGAAAACAACUUGCUAGAGAAAUUUUAUUUGUUACUUGAAACGAAAAGAAUCAACUGAGAAACUAUGCCUUUCAUGAAAGGGCCAGCUCCUAUCAGGAGAACAAUAAAAUACUUGGAAGGGGCACGGUUAGCGUUGAAGGAUCAAAUAAAAAUAAUGACUAUAAACUACCAUGUAACUGCUCCCCAUCACCAAGGAACAAAAGACUUCGUAUUUUGGUAUUUGCCGCAGAUUCAGUACAGGAACCCGAAUGUCCAGAUAGCUACUUUGAAGAAUCUCACACCGUCUCCUUUCGUCAGGUGUUUUUACGACACUGGUCACGAAAUGCUCAUUGACACUUUCGGGCGAACUAAAGAAGAAAUUCACGAACACUUGAUUAACGUCAUCGGGAAACAAAAAGACGUAUUGGAGGCCGAAACAAUAGCCAGAGAAAAGAAGGAUAAUCCUGCGAACUUUGGGACGCUGUGUGAGAGACAUUGUAUUUGUGAAAUACCCGGACAAGUGCCCUGUCCCGGAACAUGCCCCCUACCUAAGCACUGGAGGGGCAAAUACAAGUACAACAAGGUACAAGAGUAGACAUUAAGCUCAAGUAUAGUUGAUUUUUUUUUGUAAAUAAUAAAUUCAUGGACGGUCG